GCAAGAUCAUCAUCGGCAGCACGGUGACGCCAAACAAUACUGUCGAGGAUCUGCCGGUAUUAUAACGGAGACUUUUGUGAUUUGUGCUCGUAUACGGAGACGACCCGUGCGAAAACACGAUGGCCCUUCCUCCGUUCCGCCAGCAGCAGUACCUAAUGAGUCAGAAUGUUCAAAUGCAGCAGCGGCAGAGUUCGAGACCCGUGACGAUGGGGGGCAGUCCUUUUGUGAAUACGGGCCAUGGUCAUUCGCAGUUUAUUCCCCUGAAAGUCGGCACGAGAGCCGCCACACAGGUUGAUUCACGAGUUCCUAAAGCUCCGAAGCCCCCCGAGAAGCCCUUGAUGCCCUACCUGAGGUACUCGAGAAAAGUAUGGGACCAAGUGAAGGCUCAGAACCCUGACAUGAAGUUAUGGGACGUCGGCAAGCUCAUCGGUCAGAUGUGGAAGGAGCUUCCAGAGGAGAGCAAACAGGUGUACAUCGAUGACUACGAGCAGGAGAAAGCGGAGUACAAUGAGAAUCUCAAGAACUAUCACAGCUCCCCCGCUUAUCAGAGCUACGUUGCCAACAAAGUCCGUGCCCAACAAGCGGCCGAGGAGCGUGAACAAAACGAGAAGCUAGGUCGGGGCGGGUACUCUUCGAAGGAUGCCAACAAGGUUUCGAUACAACCGGCUGAAGACGACGAUGACACGGACGAGUUAUCGGUGAAACACCUGGCUGCUUCGAGAUACAUGCGGAAUCAUCGCCUCAUUCACGAAAUUUUCUCCGAUGCUGUGGUCCCCGACGUUCGAUCCGUCGUGACAACGCAGCGCAUGGCCGUUCUGAAGCGGCAGGUUCAGUCUCUAACAAUGCAUCAAGAGAAACUCGAGACCGAACUUCAACAAAUAGAAGAGAAAUUCAGUGCAAAGAAGCAGAAAUUCAUGGAGGCCAGCGAAGUCUUCAAUAACGAGCUCAAAAAGCGAACAGUGAAAGCUGUUGAUCAAGAGGCGUAUCAGAAAAUGGUCGACCGAGCUCUGGAAGCUUUGAAGGAAAAACAAAAGGAGGAUGCCAUCCGUGCAGAAGAGGAGGCGAAACAAGCUGAGCUCGACAAGGAAAGAGAAGCGAAGGAACGCGCCGAAAAGGGUACGGAUUGUCCUCAUGAGAGAUCGAUGCAUGGAAGUAGCCAGGACAGGAUGACAAUCAUGAAUGCGUUCGGUAGCGCAGUUUUCGAAGCAUGUCGCUCAUAAGAUGCCUGUACAUAUGCGAAUCAAAGACUGGUGAUGAUUUUCUUGAUUAAUCAAUCAAUAACACAAUAAUCUAACAAAAUAUGUUACGCAAUUGUUAUUUUCCGAGCUUGAGUGAUGGCUAGAUUUUUGAUUGAGACACUGAAACGGCUACCUAGCUCGGAAUCUGUGUUUGAUCCGAUCUCGAGAGACGAG